UUCUCGUAUGAAGGACACUGAAUGGGUUAAAGAACGUGUUGAAGGAUCACUUAAAGGUCUUUUUGUUGUAACUAAUCAUACUCAAAAACCUCGAGUAUUCGAAAUUCAUGGAUUAUCUACAACUAAUCUAUACACUGAGUUUAUUCAACGUGAAGGAGGCCCAAAAGUCUCUUUGUUUGAAUAUUACACGCAAACAUAUAACAUUAACUUUAAGUAA